AAAAAGUCACAUGGGAUGAAAGCUGUUGGCGCGCCGCCGUUCAGACGAGACGAACGAUGGAGUUCCUCAUCGGUAGCCCUUUCUCUUCUCCAGUCGGGCAAAGAAUUGAAAGUGCAACUGAUGGAUCUCUUCAAAGAGAAGACUGGGGACUCAAUAUGGAAAUCUGUGAUAUCAUCAAUGAGACAGAUGAGGGACCUAAAGAUGCUAUUAGGGCUCUAAAAAAGCGGAUUGUUGGGAAUAAGAACUUCCGAGAAGUAAUGCUGGCAUUAACAGUGUUGGAAGCCUGUGUGAAGAACUGUGGCCACCGUUUCCAUGUUUUGGUAGCAAAUCGGGAGUUUGUGGAAGGGGUCUUAGUCAAAACAAUUUUACCAAAGAAUAAUCCUCCAGCUGUAGUCCACGACAAGGUGCUCAGCUUAAUUCAGGCCUGGGCUGAUGCGUUCCGUAGCUCACCAGAUCUCACAGGUGUAGUUUUUGUAUAUGAGGAUCUUCGCAGAAAGGGGCUUGAAUUCCCCAUGACUGAUUUGGAUGCACUAUCACCUAUACAUACACCACAAAGGAGUAUCCCAAAUUUUGACUCUGUAUCUCGACAAAAUUCAGUUACAACUCCGGGUUCACCUUCUGCUGCAGAAGGUGGGAGAUUGUUCCCAGUUGUUGAGCAAACUGUUCAGCCUCAUGAAAGCAGCCCUGAAGGACCAAUCGUCCCAUCAACAGAACAGAUGGCUAAACUUUCUGGAGAGCUUGAAAUAGUCCGUGGAAAUGUCACUGUGAUGUCAGAAAUGUUAACUGAAAUUGUUCCUGGCCAGGAAACAGCCUCUGACCUAGAGUUACUUCAGGAACUUAACCGAACAUGUCAUGCUAUGCAAAAACGAAUUCUGGAAUUGAUCCCACGAGUUUCAAAUGAGAGAUUAGUAGAAGAGCUUUUGCAUAUUAAUGAUAAUCUUAAUAAUGCCUUCUUGAGAUAUGAAAGGUUUGAAAGGCUGAGAAAUGGACAGGCUUCCGCCACCCAGGAACAAACUUUAGAAGCAGUUUCCAGUAAUGUCAUUGACAUUAGACCUGCUUACUCAGCUACCGGAGACACCACUUCAAAUAAUUUCCAUCCUUCACAUCCUGUUAGUCAGUCAACCAUAAACUCUCUUUCAUCACAACUUGCUGCUCUUGGUUCAAACCCUGCUUCUGUUACUUCAACUCUGAUGACUCUGAAUGCAGAACCAAAAACUUCUAAGCCAGGGGAAGAAGACGAAUUUGACAUGUUUGCUCAGACAAGAACUAGUUCAUUGGCUGAACAACGAAAGAAUGUUCGCUACGAAGACCCCCAAGCUGUGGAAGGGCUUGCUGGUGCUUUGGAUACUAGGCUUCAAAACACUGGAGCUGAUUUAAACAAGCAGCUACUGGAGAGCCCUCUCAGUAACUGGAUGAUCCCUACAACUCAGGCCUGUUUAAUGGAUGAUAUUGAACAGUGGCUAUCUGUGGAUGUGGAUGAUGAGAGUGCAGACACAGAAGGAGUCACAAGUGAAGAGUUUGAUAAAUUUUUAGAAGAACGGGCAAAAGCAGCUGAACGACUGCCGUCUCUCCCAACUCCCCCCUCUUCGGCACCACGCACUACAUCCACCAAUUCUAGCCGGCAUACGCAAGAGACUGCUGAGGAGAACCUGUUUGCUCUGUGAAGCCCAGUAUGCAGCACAUCCCAUGCCCAAUGUCAACAGCUGCAUAUUAUGGAUGACAUUGAAAUGAACUGCUGUAUGUUAAUCGUGCAGUCAGAGUUUUCAUCUAACCUGGAAUUGAUUUCAUUGGGUUGAGAAGGGGCAGGAAGUUAUUUACACAUUAUUGAUAAAAAGCAUGUUAUCACCUUGACCACAGGGGGACUUUGCAUUCUAAACAUAUCAAUUGUUAUGUGUUUGUAUAAAAAUAUACUUUUUCUUUAGUUCUAUGUAAAACAGGUUAUUUGUAUUUCUAAUGGGCAACUAGUUUACAUGUCAGAAACUCAGCCUGCAGUAAGAGACCAGUAAACUUCAAAUUGAAAAGACAGUAGCACUCCGUAAGUAUAUAGGGGGAGUGGGGAGUCAUUCUUUGAACACUAACAGCAGUAUGACAAUCGUAUUAUCUGUGGUUUUAGCUAAUCUUUGACUGAUGUGGGGGUAUAUUUAGAAAUUUAAUUGACCGCCCUAUAUGCAUCUUAACCAUAGGAGUAUUCUGCAUUUCAGCCGCCAGGUCAGUUAUUAUAUGUUUAUUUGAAGUAUAUAGUUUGAUGAGUUAUGAACAAAUCCUCUAAGUAGUGUUUAACUUUAAAAGACUCGGAUCCUAUUACGGUAGUAAGAGACCAUCUGCACACCGUCACUGAACGUGCAUGUUCAGUACAGAUUUACUAAUACUGUAGGAUGAGCUGUAAAUUUCUAGCAUAAAACGCUGCCAUUCUUUUGCUAGGUGGGGAAAUUCGUCAUUGGAAAAUCUUUCUGUCAGCGGGCCUGUUUUAAUAGGCACACAGGUACAGAUAAGCACAGAAAAUCUUAAGGAAAUCUCAACCCCACCCAGUUUAUGCUGGUAUCCAAAACUGAUUUAUCCAAGCAGACCGCUUCCUGCAAGACAUGUUUAAAUAAAAUAAAUUGUUAUUUAAAUAGUCUCUGAAAUGCAUAGAGUAAAAAUUCAUUGCAAUGCUGUAAUAAUUAUGUUCUUUUUUAUAAUGUAUCCUCUGCUUUAAUUGCUGAUUGUAUUGUUUACAUUUAAAUUACAUUUUCUGUUGUUUUGAAGUUGAAGGAUUUAGUGGCUUUUCUUAUAACAGAAUUUUACUUUUAAUGUGCAACAGAAGGAUAUUCUGCAAUUGGUAUUUACAUCUAUUUAAUUUGCAUUUACCAGUUAAUCGGUUAAUAAUUUUUUGAAGAGAAUGACCUGAUGAUUUUUUUUUAACUUGGUGCAGAAUUAUAGCUGCUUAGCUGGUAUAUUUACAUCUAUGUGGGUUGAACAAAUAAGAUAAGCAAUUUAAUAAAUUAUACAUAUUUAUAUU